AUGGCGGACAACGUGGCGGAUGAGCAGACACCUCCAGCCUUUGGCAUUGCUGUCACUCUGGCUGUUGGGGCUGUGGUCAUCUUGAUAGUUUUAGUCUUCAAUGUUGGAAAAGGAACAGGGUCGGAUAAAUCAGAAGCUGAGAAUGAACCAGGCAAGGGAAAUGCAAAGAAAAAACAGCAACAGUCACAGAAGAAACAAAAGGCUGGUUGGACUGAGAAAAAGUCUAAACGUGCCACACAGAAGGCAUUCAGCCAUCCUUAUCUAUGUUGCACUUUGAAAGGUCACGCAGCAAAUAUUGUUGAUAUUGAUUUUAGCAUCAAUGGGAAAUAUUUGGCCUCUGCUGCUGAAGAUCGAACUGUCAGAGUAUGGAGUGUAAAGGAGUUCAAAGAAAAGGAACACAAGUAAGUAUUGGGG